AUGACCGCGGGCGGGCAGGAGCGCGCCCUGAGCAAGGAGGAGCUGGUGCAGGCGGGCCGGCGCAAGUUGGACGAGUUCCGCCGCAAGAAGGCCGCCGCCAAGACCGCCGCUGCUGCGUCCGCCCCUGCGCCCGAUCGACCCGGUUCGAAGACCCAACCGCCCUCCACCGGCUCGAGCGACGCGCCGAAUGGCGACCACGUCGCGUCCGAUGGGCCCCCGGCCGUCGGGGCGGAUCGAGGGGCGGUUCCCGGCGAGCGGAGGGCGAGAUCGGCGUCGCCGGCGGCGAUGGGACUCGCGAGCGGCUACGCGGCUCUCUCGGACAGCUACCAGAGCGACGGUGACGGGAGGGGCGGGGAUGGCGGAGACGGAGGCCCGGCGAGCUCUGGGCUGGGCAGGUGCGUGUAG